UGGAUCCCUUUGAGGGUCUUGGGCAGGCGCCAUUUUGGUCACGGAGGUGCUGCUGGGAAGCCUCUCUCCCGCCGGCUGGGGGAUAAAUCACGCUAGGCCGGGCCUAGGUACUACGGUCGGCUCUUCCCGGGGCUCCCGGCCACCUCCCCACCCCCUCACCGUCCCUCCUUGCUGCUGGCCGCUGGGAUCCACCCACCCACCUCCAUUCGGGGUCCGGUAGGAGGCUUCCCGAGCCCCAAGCAAGGGCGGGUAGAGCCAGGAGGGGAGGGGGUUGAUAGCGGAGAGAAGGCUGGGGGCGCGCCGCGGGAGGCCCGGAGCCUCCCGGUCCAGGCGCCCACCUCGGGCCCGGGACCGCCAUGGAGAUGGAAUAUUACAGCGGCGACCAGUCAGAUGAUGGUGGAGCUACCCCAGUACAGGAUGAACGGGAUUCAGGGUCAGAAGUUGAAGAUGAUGUAAUUGAGCAGCACUCUGGAUCAGACAAUGGAAGUUUAGAGCAUCAUUCAGAGAAUGAUCAUAGUGAUAGAGAAGAUGAUGGACGUAUUAAAAGACAUCAUAUGACAGAUUCAGAAAAUGAGGAUCUUACAAAUCACAAUGUUAGCGACUCUGAAAAUGAGGAGCUUCAUAGAAAUAAGUACAGUGACUCUGACACCGAAGACCAGCCAGAUCCUCCAGUAAGUGACUCUGAAAAUGAGGACCUGAAUCAUCCCUCAAGUGACUCUGAAAAUGAUGAGCCCCAGAAGCUGCCUGCUAGUGACUCUGAAAAUGAAGAACCUCUCAAUGGGCAUGCAAGUGACUCAGAGAAUGAGUAUGCCCCUAAGAUUCCUGCUAGUGACUCUGAGAACGAGGAAUUUCAGAAAGGCAUUGAUAGCGAUUCAGAUGUUGAAGAGCCCCAUAAAGAUCCUGCUAGUGACUCGGAGGCUGAUGAGUCCCAGAAAGGUCCUGCCAGUGACUCAGAAGCUGAUGAAUCCCGGAAAGGUCCUGCCAGCGACUCAGAAGUUGAUGAGCCCAGGAAAGGUCCUCCUAGUGACUCUGAAGCUGAUGAACCCAGGAAAGGUCUUGCCAGUGACUCUGAAGCUGAUGAAUCCCGAAAAGGUGGUGCCAGUGACUCUGAAGCUGAUGAACCCAGGAAAGGUCUUGCCAGUGACUCUGAAGCUGAUGAAUCCCGAAAAGGUGGUGCCAGUGACUCUGAAGCUGAUGAGCCCAGGAAAGUUCUUGCUAGUGACUCAGAAGUUGAUGAACCCAGGAAAGGUCCCAUCAGUGAUUCGGAUGCUGAUGAGCCCAGGAAAGGUCCAGCCAGUGACUCGGAAGUUGAUGAGCCCAGGAAAGAUCCUGCUAGCGAUUCAGAAGCUGAAGAACCCCAAAAAGGCCCUGCCAGUGACUCGGAAGCUGAUGAGCCCCAAAAGGGCCGUGCUAGUGACUCAGAAGCUGAGGAGGCUCCUAAAGUUGCUACUGACUCUGAAAAUGAGGAGGUCCCAAAGCGCCAGCCAAGUGACUCUGAAAGUGAGGGGCUUCAGAAAGCCCAUGCCAGUGAUUCUGAAAAUGAAAAUUCCUCUAAACAAAAACAGAAGAUUGAAUCAGAUGAUAGUGACAGAGAGAACAGACGGGAUAAAGGGAAAUUACAGAAUGACUCUUUUCAUUCAGGUAACCAUCCAGAGGAAAAAAUAUUUCACAGUUCUGACAGUGAAGAUGAAGCACCUAAAAGACAGAAAAUGGAUAGUGAAGAGGAUGAAGAGAAGGAGGAAGAGAAAGUAGUAAAGAGGAAAGCUGCUAUCCUUUCUGAUAGUGAAGAUGAAGAGAAAGCACCUGCAAAGAAAGGGCGCAUCGUCUCUGAUGCAGAAGACUCUGACAGUGAUGCUGCAUCAGAAAAAUCUGCUAAAAGACAGAAAAAGGCUGUAGCAUCAGAGAGUGAAGAAGAAGAAGCAGGGAAGGAAGAGAUUGGCAAGAAAAGUGAAGAGAAAGAUCUGUUUGGGAGUGACAGUGAUUCAGGAAAUGAAGAGGAGAACUUGAUAGCAGAUAUAUUUGGAGAAUCUGGUGAUGAAGAGGAAGAAGAAUUUACUGGUUUUAACCAAGAAGAUUUGGAAGAAGAAAAAAAUGAAACACAAGUUAAAGAGGCAGCAGAUGAUUCAGAUUCUGAUGAUAACAUAAAAAGAGGAAAACAUAUGGACUUCAUGUCAGAUUUUGAGAUGAUGCUGCAGCGUAAGAAGAGCAUGAGUGGAAAGCGCAGGCGAAAUCGUGAUGGUGGAACUUUUAUUAGUGAUGCAGAUGAUGUAGUUAGUGCCAUGAUUGUUAAGAUGAAUGAAGCAGCUGAGGAAGAUAGGCAAUUGAACAAUCAAAAAAAGCCAGCACUGAAGAAGCUAACUUUGCUACCUACUGUUGUUAUGCAUCUUAAAAAGCAGGAUCUUAAAGAAACUUUUAUUGAUAGUGGUGUAAUGUCUGCCAUCAAAGAGUGGCUUUCACCUUUACCAGAUAGGAGUUUGCCAGCGCUGAAGAUUCGGGAGGAACUGUUAAAGAUCCUACAAGAGCUACCUAGUGUGAGCCAGGAGACCCUGAAGCACAGUGGUAUUGGACGGGCAGUGAUGUAUCUUUAUAAGCAUCCCAAGGAAUCAAGACCCAACAAAGACAUGGCAGGAAAAUUGAUCAAUGAGUGGUCUCGACCCAUCUUUGGCCUCACCUCUAACUACAAAGGGAUGACUAGAGAGGAGAGGGAACAGAGAGAUCUGGAACAAAUGCCUCAGCGUAGACGAAUGAACAGUUCUGGUGGUCAGACACCACGAAGAGAUUUGGAAAAGGUGUUGACAGGAGAAGAAAAAGCUCUUAGACCUGGAGACCCUGGCUUUUGUGCUCGUGCCAGGGUACCAAUGCCCUCCAACAAGGAUUAUGUUGUCAGACCUAAGUGGAAUGUGGAAGUAGAAUCAUCAAGGCCUGGUAUUCUUAGAAAAGGUCUAAGCCGCUUGGAAAAACACAAGAGGCGAUUUGCAGAGCAGAAACGACUCAGCAAAAUGCAUCGAGCUGUCAAGUUCAGCAUUGAAGGCAACAGGAUGCCCUUGUAAUCAGAGAGGUAUCUCUGAGGAAGUGUGAAUCUCUGCAUGUGCUUUAGCUAAUAGUAUUUAUGGAGUGAAGAUCACAUUCACAUCUUAACCAGGAAUGCCAAGCUUUGUCAUUUGUGAUUAUGACCUUAACAUAUAUUUUAUGAAAUUCAAAUAUCUUUGAAAUUGUCAUCUUAGACUAGAGAUUUCAAGUGCCUUUCAGAAUGAUUUUGUUCAAAUCAUGCUUUUUGAGUCUCUUGAGUGGUAACAAGAGAGGUGGUAACUCAUUCAAAAUCAUAAACUCAGAAACUACUUUUUAAAAAACUUCUGUUAUGUCUUACUGAGAUGUACACCCAGUCCUUUUCUAUAAACAUAAAAGGAUACCUAAUAGGACCCAAAACUCUUCUUUCCUCCCCCUCUUUACUUCAUCUCCCUUUCUCAGCAUCUUUUCAUUUCUCCUUCCCUACAGCCUUUUUCCUAACUCCCUUAUCCCUGUUUCUUUCUGUCUCCUUCAUCCCCCUUUUUCCCCUCUCUUAAAAUCCAAAAUCUUGUACUUCUGAAUUUUUGCUCUCCUACUGUUAUUAGCUCUCUCAGUUGCUGCCAUCUAGUGUCAAAUUUGAGAACUAUAAUAUGCCUGAAGAAGAAGAAAUCCAUUUUAUUCACUCAUCCUACAUGAAAUGUAUCUUCUUUGUUGGUCAAGAUUCAUUUAGUGUUUCAGUUUCAUUAGAUUAAGAUGAAUUGCUAUAUAGUCUGUGCCUUUAAAAAAUUUACUGUAUAGGAGGGAUCAUAGAACUUUAGAGCUGGACCUCAGAGAAUCUUAGUCUACGGGUUAACUUUUUUUGUGUCAUGGACUUCCUUUGUUACUCUGGUGAAAACUAUGACCCUUUCAUAGAUAACAUUCUAUAAACAUAUAAAAUUAUGAAGGAAGAUCAGUUCUGUUGAUUUGAAGUAGUCAUAAAAAAAUUUUAAAAAGCCAAUUUACAAACCUCAGGAUAAGAACCCCUAACUAGUCUAAGUCCCUAAAUUUAUAGAUGAGUUCAGAGAGGUUAUGAGACUUGCUAAAAGUCAUGUGCAGGUUAGUGCUGUAGGCCAAAAGAUAUUUAAGCAGACACACAAUAUCUCUUUGGAUAAAGGACAAUUAGAGAUUGAUAAUAAAAGUUAAAAUUUUAUAAUUUAUAGUGGUAAAUCUGGAUUUGUCCAUUAUAUCAGACUAUUUAAGGAGUCUUAAGUCCCUUCAAUUAAGAAGUUUCUUUUUUCCUUUUUCUUUGAAAAUAUUCUUGCAUCUAAAGCAAGUUAGAAUAAUUAUUACUCAUUUCUUACUUUUUCAGAUUCUGUCAGCUUGUUGCUAUUUUCUACCCCCUUAGGUAUAAUAUGCCCCCAUUAUCUUGUAAGAUCCUUUCAUGCUCAAUUUUCUGUGGGAUUAUAAGUUUGAAGUGGUUUUAGUAUGUAGCUUAAUUUUAUUCAAAUAGAAUAGGACAGGAUUCUUCUUUUUUUCCCCCCUUCUUUUUACAUGAUUUUUUACCUUAGAAAAUUUUCCCUGUACUAAGUAACAAUAAAUAGGCAUCAGUACUAAACAUUCUUUUAACUCUAAUGCAAUAGCAUAUGUACGUGAAUUGUUAUUACCACUUGCUGUGCAUAUUUGUUGUGCUAGUCCUUAGCCCACCAAAGUAUCUUGUUGAUAUUAUAGAUCUAAUUAAUUUGAUUGUUGUAUUUCCAUUGCCAGAAGACAGAACUGGGUGUGUUUCAUUUCUGCUCUCUUUUCUUAACU